AUGACUCGUGGCCUUGGAAAUACCAUACCCACCUCUGCACAGCUGGCCGACAUCACGGCGAAGUCGGAAUAUGGAAUUCUCAAUGACAUUGGUGGAUCCACUCUACCGAUGACCAUUUUCAAUUGGACCAACAUGCUUGUUGGCGUUGGGACACUUUCCCUGGGGCUGGGGCUGCAGCAAUGCAGAUGGACCGUGGGGUUGACUCUGCUUACAUUGCCUGCCCUGGUGACAGUAUACACAGCAAACCUUUUGGCGAUGUGUCUCAAUAUUGACUCAUCUGUAUUCGCCUAUGGCGAUAUCGCCUCUCUUGCCUACAGCUCGUCAGGGAGAAACCUCAUCGAGGUUCUAUUCGCGUCCGGAGCUCCUUGCAGCGAACGCAGCACUCUUCGUCUUAUUUGCAGAUUCCUUCAGCGCCCUCACUCCUUCCCUGGCUCCAAGUAUCUGCAAAAUCGUUAUUGCAAUAUGCAUGAUGCCUCUAAACUUCGCCCCCUUCAAAGUUCUCAGUAUCACUAG